UUCAGUAUACCUGGCACAGUCGUACUGCUUAGUGCAGUGGACGUUAAAUACGUCCAACAAAUCCGCCUCGAUGUUUAGUGCCUCAGAGAAACAAGAGAAGGCGUGCCCACGUGCUUAAAAUAAUCGAUCAUCUACUUCUUGAAAUUGGGAAUCAGAGUUUGGCAUCGACAUCUCAGCACAGUUAGCUUGCCACACGAGUGGGCCUCACAGGUAAUGGCAGCUUUCGUUGCAGAGAUUUACGGCUUCUGUUAACGACAUGGUGUGAGGCACAAGAUGGCGGUGAGGUUGAGGCAAUGCUGCUGUGGCUGCUCCCUGAAGGAAGGAACAAUCGUUGUCGGGGUAAUAUUCAUUAUACUGUCCCUUGGAGCGCUUGCUUGCGGUGUAUAUUACAAAGUGAAAUUUGCUAACGAUUAUUCACAGAAACACAGAGCGUGGUACAAUCAUCCUGAAGUUAUUCUGCCAACCUUAAUCUUCGAGGUGGUUCUAUGUGUGGCCGAGUUGGUAACUAGCAGCUUGCUCCUGAGGGGAGUUAUCAAGUACGACCGACGUCUUGUUAUGCCAUGGCUAGUGGGCAACGCGAUGAUGUGCGGGUUGCUGUUCCUGGUCGUGGUAGGCGGCGCCAUCACUUGCUUCAUCGUAACCGCCGCUCGGAUCAGUGACGACCUUACGGCAGUCACGUACGGAUUCGUUACAAUGGUGUGCGGUGCCAUCGCAGUUGGGGUGUACGUAUACUUACUGCUGGUUGUGUACAGCUUUUACUGCUUGUUGCCUAUGCUUUCAUCUGAAAGGAUUGCUAUUCUACUGGACCGCUUCAAGAACCCUUACGUACACCACACAGACGAAAGUGAUCACGCGACGACGGCGGGUUGGAGCAACAUCACAGCACCUCCCCGUUUCUCGGGCUACUAAACAAUGAUGAAGUAUUUUAACUCCAUUGUCAUUGUAUAAAUCGGUGAUAGACAAUUUGGUACUAAAAAAUUAGUUUCUGGUACUGAUCAUUCUUAUAGGGGCGUAAAAUAAUAAACCAUGACUAUUUGAGACUAAACCUGGGUUAAAUACAUUUAGCCUCAACGGAAAAUGUCUCAAAUUCUGGAAUUAAAUACUUAAAAAUAUUAAAACAGGAUGUAAUAAGUAAGAAAUGGAAAAAAAUUGACUAUGAAGUAAGAAUCAGAAAGAAGUGGUUGAAGGAAUACAUUCUGUUAAUAUAUUUAUUUUUUCUAUUCAUGGAAAUAUGUUUCAAAGGCCUGCUUCCUGGAAUAUAUUUGGUAACGUACGCUGUCACAAAAGGGAAAAUAACUAAGCCCCAUCGUCGACAGAAUGUCUGCAGAAUUCCUUAACGGAAUAUAUAAAAUGCAAAUGAAGGAUGAGAGCAAAGAAGUGAAGGAGAAACAAAGAAACAAGAAAAUGAUUACUGGUCAGUAAAACUGUGCUGAUGGAACAUCGCAAGUUGCAUUACAGAGUUUUUAUUUGGGUAAUAAAUAUGGUAAAUAUA